AUGGCCGACGAGGCGGAGGAGGUAAACACUUUAGACACUUCAGACACUUUAAACACAACCGUGGAGAGUAACGAGUCCAAACAGGAGACAAACCAUCUGCAAGUUUCACCAGACGCCUCAGAUGGCGACGCUGCGGGAGGGAGCUGUCCCGUGGAGGACGAGGACACGUCUCUAAACGCCGCGCAGAGUGACUGGUCCGCGCCUCUGCUGUCUCUGGCUCGGAAGGCCACGGAGAGUAUCAGUGGAGGGGUUAUCUCAGCUGCUGCGGCUCUACCGAGAAGAAACAGCAGUGGCCAGGGGUCUGUCUCGGACCACCAGAGCCCACAGGAGUUGCUGAAUACCGUGAGGAAGCUGCCAGUUUUGCCCCCAAAGGAUCACAUGGCUAUAGAAAGAUCCAAUCUCCUCAGUAUGAUGAAGCUGAGCAUCAAAGUCUUGAUCCAGUCCUCUCUGAGCCUGGGCCGGACAAUGGAUUCUGAAUAUCCUCCACUGCAACAGUUCUUUGUUGUUCUAGAACACUGCCUCAAGCAUGGAUUAAAAGUAAAGAAAUCUUUCAUUAGCCAGAACAAAUCUAUUUGGGGACCAUUGGAGCUGGUGGAGAAACUUUGCCCUGAAUCUGUAGAUAUUACCACAAGUGCCAGAGACAUGCCGGGCAUCAAGAGUGGGUUAGGACGAGCAAGGGCGUGGCUGCAUUUGGCACUAAUGCAGAAGAAAGUGGCUGACUAUAUGAAAGUUCUGUUGGACCAUAAAGAGCUCCUUAGUGAGUUUUAUGAUGCAGGUGCUCUAAUGAUUGAAGAGGAAGGCUCAGUCAUGGGGGGAUUGUUGGUUGGAGUCAAUGUUAUUGAUGCCAACCUGUGUAUUAAAGGAGAAGACCUUGAUUCUCAGGUUGGAGUCAUUGACUUUUCUCUUUACCUGAAAGACCCUGCACACAGUGAAACUUCACAAGAUGAAUCAAAGAUGAAUGUUAUUCUUGAUCAAAAGCAUUAUGUUGAGGAGUUAAAUCGACACCUCAGUGGAACAGUCACAGAUUUACAAGCAAAGAUGGACUCCCUGGAAAGGACAAAUGGCAAACUUGUUGAGGAGCUGACUGCAGCCACUGAUCGGAUAAACUCUCUGAGGGAAGAACAAGAACAGCUGAAAAAAGAGAACGAGUCUAUUCUGCAUUCCAGUCAAAAGAAGGAAGAGGCAGCACUACAAGACAGCCAAGCCGAGCUGGACACGUACAGACAGACGAGACAAGGCCUGGACGAGAUGUACAAUGUGGUAUGGACCCAGUACAAAGAGGAGAAGCGCAUUCGCCUGGAGUUGGAACGUGAGUUGGAAUUACAAGUUGGGUUCAAGCAAGAAAUGGAGGUGGCCAUGAAGCUGUUGGAGAAAGACACACAUGAAAAGCAAAACACACUUGCAGCCCUGCGGCUCCAGCUUGACCAGGUCAAGACUCUAAACUUGCAAAUGUUUCAAAAGGCACAGGCAUCACAGCAGGAAGCUGAAAAAAAGCAGGCAGAAGCAACCCAGCUUGAGCAGAGAAUGCAUGAAAUGGAAAAUACUUUAAAGGAUUUGGAGAAACGAUUACAAGACUCUGAGCAAGAACGAAGAAAAGAUGUUCAAAAUGAUAAAAAGAUGAAGGACGAGCUCAAGGGGAAAACGGACGUUUUACAGAAACAGCUUUCCGACCUGGAUGCAAUGAGGCUUGGUUUAGAGAUGGAGUUGCGAACAGAGAGAGAAAAGAGGCAAAGCCUACAGAAAACUCUUCAAAGAGAGCAAGACAACAGCACAGAAUUACAAACACAGUUACAACAACUGCAGGGGCUCCACACAGAGAUGCAGGGCCUAAAAGAGGAAAAGCAGCAGCUUCAGCAGAUAUGUGAAGAGCAGGAAAAGGCUCUACAGGAGAUGGGACUGCACCUUAGUCAGUCCAAAUUAAAGAUGGAAGAUUUCAGGGAAGUUAAUAAAGCACUUAAGGGUCAUGCCUGGUUGAAAGAUGAUGAAGCGACUCAAUGCAAACAAUGCCAAAAAGAGUUUUCAAUAUCACGCAGAAAGCAUCACUGUAGGAACUGUGGGGAUAUUUACUGCAACAGUUGCUCUAGUAACGAGCUGGCCUUACCCUCGUACCCACGCCCUGUUCGUGUGUGUGACAUGUGCCACUCACUCCUGCUGCAGAGAGGCAAAAUCUCACAAUCUUGA